GAGCCUACAUGGAUAAUUCCUACAGCCUCAGACCAUUUCGCCGCUAUCAUGCUUCUCUUUGUCUUGUUACACGCCAUUCUGGACUACCUUGUUUCCUGGCUUCAUCCGCGCGCCCAUUGGGGAUGGCUCUCUUGCAACCGCAAAACUGGGAAACUCGAACGCGAAAUCAUCCCGCUGGGCAAGAAACUCAAGCUCCUACUCCUAUUCAACCAUGUGACCGAAUGGCUUGACACCACGCAUGCCAUGCGCUUAUACAUCCAUAACAAAUCAUUGGAAGAAGGCAAAGAAGAGGCAUCUCCAGAAUCAAAGAAGCGAAUCCGGAAAUUUGUAGACUACUAUGGCAUCAACAUGGAUGACUUUGACCCUUCGGAAAUUGACAGGUACAACACAUUCGAAGACUUCUUUGUCAGAAGGCAUACCCCGCAGUCAAGGCCCAUCUAUAAGCCUGAGGAUCCUGCGACCGCGGUAGUUGUCGCCGACUCGAGAGUAGUCACGUAUACAUCAGUCGCAGAGGCAAAGAAGCUAUGGAUCAAGGGACACGACUUUAGCAUCACCAACCUUGUCAUGGAUACGCGGCUGGGGUCCGAGUACGACAAGGCAAUGGUCGCCAGCUUCCGCUUGUCGCCCCAGGAUUAUCACCGCUAUCACUCACCCGUCACCGGCAGGGUCAAGCUGUUCCGAAGUGUGCCGGGGGACUAUUAUCAAGUUGAUCCUGUUGCUCUGCAGAGCCAGGUAGAUAUCUUGACGAGAAACAAGAGGGAAUACGUUGUUAUUGAGACCGAGGAGUUUGGGGAUGUCUUGUUUGUUGCGAUUGGGGCGACCAAUGUGGGAUCAGUCGUCAUACAUGAGAAAUUUCGAAAGGGUGACGCCGGGAUCAAGAAGGGCGACGAGCUAGGAUACUUUCAGUUCGGUGGCUCCUCCAUCAUCGUGGCAUUUCAAGAGAAGAGGAUACAAUUCGAUCAGGAUCUGACCGAGUUGAGCAAGGAGCGCAUUCAAAUCUCGGUCGAAGUGGGCAUGAGCCUGGGUCAUGCAACUCGACGCCAUGUCCGUUCUUUCGGGUCUUCUGAACCUACUUAUGCCGAGGUUGCAAAUCCAAAUGCUUGA